UUUAAAAUAAAUAUAAAUAUUGAAAUAUAUACAAAAAAUUAAAUAUUGAUUGAAUGAGGAUUAAAUAAUGAAAGCUGCUCACCAAUCGUUUGUUAUGUGAAAAAAUUAACCAGUGUUUUCUAUAUGGUUGUUUAAUCUUUUAUAUUCAAUGGAUUUAUUCAUUAAAAUAUUUAUGUGGAGGAUAUCGGUAUGGAACCAAGAAAGUAUUCGUGUGUUAAACGCACAUCCAAUUUUCCUUCUGAUGACAGCCCUUAAUUUUAAAAUAAUAACUCUUUGUUACGUCAUUGAGCCAGCAAGCACUUCAUUGCUUAAUACACCCCCAAUACUCUAUGUGCCUGAAAGGAACUGGAGAAUACCGGAAACCGAACCUGUUGGCCAAAUUAUUACUAGAAUACGUGCUGAAGAUCCAGAAAACGAUGACAUGGUUUUUGGCCUUGAACCACAUUUUCUAUCUAAUUUUAACAAUAAUAAUGAUAAGGAAAAUUUACCUUUUCGUAUAGAUUCAGUCAGAGGAAUAGUUUACUUGAACGAAAGUUUGAUUGGGAGAGGUGGCGAAAACUUUUUUCUAUAUAUCACUGUAACAGAUGGAGACUUAACUGCUAAAAAUGAAGUAUUUGUUAACAUCCUCGCUAAGGAGAACGAUACCUCGUCUAAUUUUCGCGCGCCGCCAUCAGUUACGAAUGUUGUACAAAAUAUUUCUCAAAUACUACCACCUUUUGACACCUUACCAGGAGUACAGUCAGUACGAAAUAAAUAUUCGAAAGAACGUCCAACCAAUCACAUACCUUUAAAUUUCGAUUCCAAUCAAGGUUUAUUUGAACUAAAUCAUAAGCAUAAAUUUCUACGCCCGCUUAAUAGCAAUAACAAUGAACAAACACGACCAACAGGUCGUUUGAAAUUGACGCCAAUAACUACUAUACAACAUGAAUACAAACACAAUCAAAACGACUCAAUUUUACAUUUAAAUAAAACUCAAUCUGCCAUCACUGUCAAUGAUGAUUCCAUAAAAAUAUUAAAAGAUAAGAUCUCAUACGAUGAAAGUUUGAGUACUAAUUAUUCGACAAAAACAAUCGUGCUUCCAAUUAUAUUUACUUCUUCAUGCAUAUUUUUGGUAGCUAUUGUCAUUUUUGGUUUUCUAUAUCGAAAACAUUUGUGCGCCAUUAGUAAAAAAUUAAAAAAAAAAUCUAAAGAGGAAAUGUUUAAGAAAUCUAAUCAAGACAAUCUAAGUAACAAUUUAGCUGACAAUGGCAGAAAUUCAAUGGUAAUGCAACAUUGGAAUGGCCCUACUGCCUACAACAAUCGCUACGUGCCAUGGGAGAGAGAUCCUCAACAGAAUGGAUUGGUAACAUCACAACUGUCGUCAAAUGCCACCAACGGAGCUAUACACGAUGACGAUACUAAUGUGACAAAUAACAUUAAUGAACUACAAAGUAUUACUGAUAAUGUUAUUGGUUUUUCGAUAAAUGCCUCCCAAAAUGCAGUUGAUAACUCAACCUUUAAUAUGAAUGGCAAAUGUUGUUGGGAGUUCCCGAGGCACCGACUUAAAUUCUUCAAUAUUUUGGGUGAAGGUGCAUUUGGUCAAGUUUGGCGUUGUGAAGCAAACGACAUUGAUGGUAUAGAAGGGGUUACAACUGUGGCUGUGAAAACUUUAAAGGAAAACGCUACUGAAAGCGAAAAGAAGGACCUUAUGACUGAAAUUGAGGUAAUGAAGUCACUUGAACCUCAUAUCAAUGUUGUCCGAUUACUUGCAUGUUGCACCGACAAGGACCCGCUAUUUGUGAUUAUUGAAUUUGUGAAUCGAGGUAAAUUACAAAGUUACCUUAGAAAUUCACGUGCUGAAAUGCACUAUGGGAAUACUCAUGGAAAAUCUAAAACUUUGACCUCGGGUGACUUAACUUCUUUUAUGUAUCAAGUAGCCAAAGGUAUGGAUUACUUAACUUCUCGAGGGAUAAUUCAUAGAGACUUGGCAGCAAGGAAUAUUCUGAUUACUGAUGAACACACUUGUAAAGUUGCAGAUUUUGGAUUUGCUCGAGACGUUGUGACAUCAAAAAUUUAUGAGAGAAAAAGUGAAGGGAAACUCCCAAUACGAUGGAUGGCUAUUGAAUCCCUUUUUGACAACAUUUUUUCCGUAAAAUCUGAUGUAUGGAGCUUUGGUAUUUUGAUGUGGGAAAUAGUCACGUUGGGGUCAACACCAUAUCCUGGUAUUUCUGCGGCAGAUGUCAUGCGUAAGGUACGCGAUGGAUACCGUCUUGAUAAACCUGAACAUUGCCGACGUGAACUGUAUAACAUAAUGUAUUACUGCUGGUCAGGUGAUCCUAAUGAACGCCCUACGUUUGUAGAAUUGGUUCAAAUGCUAGAUAAACUACUACAUACUGAGAUGGAUUAUAUCGAACUGGAACGUUUUCCUGAUCACAACUACUAUAAUAUUCUGAAUCUGAGUGGCGAAAAGCUGUAAUACUACACUAUAGUUAUUGUAGGUAAGAGUUUAAGAAAUAUGUACUGUUUCAAUAGAAAACAAUGUCAUUACUUCUAACAUUCCUAAAAUUUUUAAAAUUUGUUGAACACUUGUAUAAGUUAUUUUAUAACAAUUUUACUAGUUACUGUAUUUAUUGAAUAAACUAAUUUUUAGAGGAAGAUAA